GGAAAACGUGGCACACACAGUGACACACAAACCAUGCAGGCAGCUCAACCCGGACCAGCAGCAGAAACAGAAAUGUAACAGAUGGAUUAGAAAAUUAUGUGCCUUGGCUCUUCAUCAACAUGUUCCCGGGAGUUUUCUAUGCAUUACUGGCGGGUUUCCUCGGGGCCGUGGCGUCGUCGUCGGCCAAACUGUCCCUCGGAGCCGACUACCUGAAGGGAGUCUGUGAAACCGGACUCCGGACGUGGGGAGAGCAGCGGAAAUUCAGACAAGCGGACGAAACUACCGCCUGCGACCGGCUCCACAUCCCACUGAGGCUGCUGUGUGGCGGUCUGCUUUUCACCUGCAAUGCUGUGAUGUGGACCUUCCUUGCCAAAGCACUCAGGUACUCCUCUUCCUCCACCCAAACCACUGUGACCACCACCGCCUCCAACUUCAUAUCUUCCGGCUGUACUCACCACGCAGGAUUCUUCAGCAGUAGAGAUCACACACAGCCACGUGGAAGUGAAUUCAGCUGUUUGUGCCUCUACGUUUUGGAUCCUGGGUGUGUUGCAUUACUUAAAAGAAUAGUCAAACAUUUUGGGAAAGUUAGAUCAGAAGAUUGAUAACACUCUCAUGUCUGUGUGGUAAAUAUGUAGCUGCAGCUACUAGCCGCUUAGCUUAGCAUAAAGACUGCAAACAGCUAGCCUGACUCUGUCCAAAGUCUGCCUACCAGCACCUCUAAAGCUCACAAACGAACACAUUAUAUAUAUUUUGUUUAAUCUCUACAGAAAAACUGCAAUGUAAAAACAACAAUUUGUUGUAGUACAGGGGGCCAUGUGCUGGACUACGUCUUCCUGGAGUCUUGUCCUCACUGUGAGCUUUAGGAUUAGCAAACAUGUUCAUUAGUGAGCUUUACAGGUGCUGGUAGCCAUUUCCCCCUGUUUACAGUCUUUAUGCUAAGCUAAGCUAACCAGUCUACCUUCAUAUUUACUGGACAGUAAUGAGAGAAGCAUCAAGUUGUGGUUUUAUAGGAGGUUAUGUGCUAGACUAUUUAUUAGCUGGGAGCAGUUACCAAGCAACCAGCAGAGACUGGCCAAAAAAUUGUCCGGCAUAUAAACCACAAUUUGACAUGUUUAUACUUGCAAUGUGAUAAUUACAUAUAACAUGUUAGUUAGUGAUCUUUUGAGAUAUUGCUAGGUAGAUUUUGUGAACUUUAGAUAGAGCCAGGCUAGCUGUUUGCCCCGUUUCCAGGCUUUAUGCUAAGCUAAGCUAACUGGCUGCUGGUUGUAGCUUCAUAUUCACAUAUAGGAGAGUGGUAUUGCUUUUCUUAUCUAACUUUCAGCAAGAGAAGUGAAUAUGUGUAUUUCCCAAAAUAUCAAACUAUUCAUUUAACGUACCUUUAAUAUCUGUAAUGUUUGCUUUUGAUUCUGAAGGUUUUUGGUGCCUGGCUUUCCUCCAGUUAACGGCAUGAUAUGAGGGUAAGCCAACUACCUGUGAAUCCACUCUCACUGUAAUAUAACAAGUCAGAGCUUUGCAGUAGCCACAUUUAUAGCUCUGUGACAGACGCAUGGCCCUGAGUGUGAUGUACUUAUAUCUGUCUGCACAUAAACUGUAGAUGUGGUUGUACGAGGAAUUAAAAAAACACUCAUAUGAUGUCGACCUGACAA